CUCGGAUGAGGCUACUGCUGCUACAAAAGCAAGUGAACAGAGGAGACUUUGAAGCUGUAUUUGCAAUAUCUAAAUUUGGAUAUCAGGGACGGUAGGGGCAUAUCGCUUAGACAAUGGCAAAGUGCUAUGGUGGCCUACGCGGCCUUUGGGGCGGUGGCCGGCCUGGCACCUGCGCCAAGCAGCGGCCCAAUAACCCACUCUGGCAUGGCCACCGGCUCUGGCACCUGCGGCGCCCCUUCCACCAUCGCGCGCAUCAUACGGAACCUGACCAUGGCUGCCUCCUCGGGCAUCGGGCUCAUCACAACGGCAUACUGGCAGCUGGCCGAGUCUUGCACUCCCACACCCCCAGUCACUGACUCUGCUGUGCACACAGGGAUGUAGUAUAUUCCGCCACUCUGCAUGACGUCAAUCGACAUGGGCAUGAGCUUUUGCGUCUCUGGGUUGUAGACCCCGGCUGUCAUCACUGGAUGGUCAGGAGUCGCCCUAGUCAGGCGCGACAAGUCCACAUACGGUGCCAGAUUUGCGAGCCGUGAGGGGUAGGUGGUUGGCACGGUCACUGAGGCCCUGCUGGCCGGAUAGAAGCCGCCACUGGAUGGGUAGAAGCCUGGAAAGCCCAUGUUCUGGCACAUAGCCAUG